AUGGAUACAUGGAAAUUAUUUAAAAGAAACAGCAUUUGGCAAGUGCAAGCAAAAAAUGGGGAUUCAUGGACAUGGAAGCAAAUGUUGAAGAUUAGAGACAGUGCUUUGAUUCAUUGUGGUGGGGAGGAAAAUCUGAAACAACUCAUUGCUUCAUGCUACAAAAAUUCCAAAAUUCAGCUUUCUUCUCUGUACAAGUUGUUCUCCCCUAAUGCUAGCAAAGUGCGAUGGCGAAAUACUAUUUGGGGAGGUUUGAACUAUCCUAAACAUUCCUUUAUUUGUUGGCUUACUAUCCAAGACAGGUUGCAAACUAAGGAUAGAUUGAUGAGGAGAGGGAUUAUCAAUGAAAAUAAAUGCACUUUGUGUUCGGGUCAGGAGAACAGAGACCACUUGUUCUUUGGAUGUCCUUUCUCAAGUGAGAUUUGGAACCAGGUGAUGCUUUGGCUCCAGUUCAAAUGGAGGUCUUGCAAUUGGAGAUGCCUUCUUGACUGGUAUUGUAACAAGCCUAGGGGUAGAGGGGACAAAGUGAAGAUUAAAAGAUUGGCGUUUACUACCACUCUGUACAAAAUAUGGUGUGAACGCAACUAUAGAAUCUUCAAGCAACAGUACAAAAGCAAAGACCAGUUGGUAAAGGAAAUCAAGAUGGAUAUAUUGAUCAUUAUUCUUAACAGCUCCUUGCCGGAUACUCUCAAAGAAUGGAUUAGUCUCUGUAAAUAG